AAACAUCGCUAGCCGAACCGCGGAAGGUACGCCAUUUUUGCGGAAUACACUAUUCAUGACUGCUUAGUCAUGGUAUAACGAUUAGGAUUUUCACUGAUUUCAAAGUGCGAAAUUUAGACGUGGAAUUAUUAACACAUUAUAAGGAAUAUUUCAAACGAUUAUUUAAAAAGAAGCGACAAAAUGGCGGAGGUAUACGGACAAUUAUUUGACGAUUGGUUGAUUAAUUCAUAUAACAGGUAAGUAACGUUUUUCAUCAAACUCAUUUUCGAACCUAUAUUUUUGAAAUAAACGUUUCAUUAGGUAUCAUAAGCUACAAAUGUUUUCUCUGGAUAAACCAGUCAUCUCUAUGGAAUCCAGUGAUAAUUACUCAGUAUGUUUAGCGUGCAAAAAACCCGAACAAGAUAAAUAUGAAGUGUUGAAUUUUGAAAUUCCCAAUAAGCUUUUUCAGUUAGCAAAUGAAUAUGAUUCAAUAAACACCAGAAGGGAUUUGAAAAUAAAAUGUGGCACUUUAACUAAUGAACCAUUAAUAGAUGUAAAUACAAGUUAAAUUUUAGUACAUUUUUGUUGAAAUUCUCAUUGGAGAAAUUAUUUGAUGUUUCAUUUUAUUUAAACAGAUGAAACCUCUCUAUGGUAUGUCUAAAGUAAUUUUAUCUGAAAAAGGAGUUGGUAAAAUUUCAAUUUACAAAAUGGAUUUCCAUCAAUCAGGCAAGUACCAAAAGCGAUGGGCUUUGUCUUGAAUUAACUAAUGUACCUAUAAUAUAUUAUCUACAUUUUAGAUCAAAUGAUUCCACUGCGGAGUAUUGAAAGCAAAAUAGAUAGUGGACGUUUAGCUGUUGAUAUUACAACUAGCACCAUAAUAAUCUGGGGAAAAGAAAACGUAUAUCCUAUUGGUGAUGUAUAUGACAUCGAAAACAACAAGCGAAUAUUAGCAUUUGAAAAUGAAUCUAAUAAUCCAAUGUGCAGUUAUGUACCAUACUUCAUGUCUAACAAUGAAUUAGUCGUACUAAAUUCAGAAAAUGGAUCUUUUGACUUGUAUGAUUUGACUAGUGGUGAACAUUUAGACAAAAUUAAUUUACCUGGUGUGUAUUUAUUAGUAUCAACAAUAAGUCAAUUGAUUUUAUGUGAUUAUUUUUUAUUUUUUUUUUUGAUGUUCUAGUGACCGAUAAUAAUGCAAAGUGGUUUUCAAACACCAUGUACUCCAGCUAUAAAGAGACAAGUACUUUCAAUUUAACAUUAAUUGCUAAUUCUGGAACUCUCCUUAAUUAUGAUUUAAGAAAUUGUAAAAUACCAACAAUUCAUCAAAAAGAUUGUUUUACAAGGUGUAAUAACGAUAUAAACAUUAAUUUUGAUUCAUGUAGUGUACAGACAAUUGCUGUUAAUGGAUUUGAUGGCAAUGUGUAUAUAAUAGAAGAAAAAGAAAUAAAAGGUAAUAAAAUUAUAGUACGCAAAUUUAAACACGAAGGACAUCUAUUUAAUGAAGAAGAUGAUUUGGGACGAAGUAAAAUUAGAACAAGUAGUACUUUAUGGCUACCAAAGUGUGGGAGUAACACACUAUUGUCAGCUGCGGAUGAUGGGUCAGUUCAAGGAUGGCAGUUUUUAACAUAAAAAAAAUAUAAAAUGAUGUCUGUACAAAGUCUCAUUUAUUUUAAAUUUUUAUACUCGAUUUCCAUUUAGCAAUUUUAAAUUAUAUCUACUAGAAUUGUAAGUAUAUUAUGCAUUUUUCAUCUCAAAGAAUCAAGAAAUGUAUUAGUGGAACCCCGAGUAAAACUAAUACGUUCCAUUAUGGUGUGUGAUUCUUUUCUGUUUGUAUUAAUUCUGUUUUUUCUGUCCACGAAUAAGUUUUCUACCAAAAAACUAACCCUAAUCAAUUUCAAGGGUGGUUUUGAUUUAUGAGUGCAUUCAGGAGCAUUUUUGUGUUUUAUUCAUUAUAUUUUCACUUGUAAUUGAAAAAAAUUUGCAUGUUCCGCAAUAACGGUUUUUCCUAAUUUUGAUGUUCUUUUUUUUUACUCUGGUAAAAAAAUAAUUGUAGAGUUUUGAAAUGUUCAGAUUUCGAAGAAAAUUAUAGAAAUUAAAAAUUUUUUCAUACUAUUUUCCAAUUUUUUGUGAAUUAAACUUUUCUUGUUUCAAAUAAUUUUUCUCUAAUUUGAUAUAAGGUUCAUCAUUAAUUGUUAUAAGUAGUUAAAAAAAAGUUUAACUUAAUACUGUAAUUGAUAAUUUAUUUGUGUAAGCCAGUGGUACCUACUAUGCAGUCUAUGUAAUGUUUAAAUUAUGUAAGACCUACACUACAACUAUAUUAUACAUUAUAAAAUCGCAAAAUUCUAAUGAAUAAUUAUUACUAUUAAAUAAAUAAAAUAAAGUAUUUAAUGUAUGAUUUUAAUCAAUUUAAAUUUUAAAUGGUGUCAAAAAGUAAAAUCGAACAUUAACACAGAAUUUUCAAGGCAUUCGGGCCAUUGAACUUAUCUGUAUUCUUAAUAAAAAACAUGAUGCUAUCUAGUAUCUAUUGAAUUUAUAUAGUGGUUUUCUGUAAACUACUAUGUUUCACAGAUGAUAUGAAAUCUUUAUGAGAAUAAACUCGGCAUAACUUUGUGAAUAUACAAUAUAGCCUUGAUUUCGCUAAUUGGUGUCAUACUAUAAGGGCCAUUCUGACCAACUUAAAAAAAAACAUUUGUCUGACUUUUAAACUGAGUUUAUGACUGAUAACCGACCACGAUUGGUCAAUUAUCUUAUAAACUUAGUUUAAAAAUCAAUGUUUACAUUGGUGGUUAUUAAAAAUUAUUGUCUCUUUUCUAAUAAAAGAGAAGAUAAAUUAGAUAUAUUAAAAAAAUAAAUGAUUGUACUGUAAUAAUGUUGCGGUAUAAAAAAAAUGUGUACAGCCGACGAGUAUUUCAAUAUUAAUAUUUGGCCCUUUCCAAUAUUCAAGUGAGGAUUGCAGGUAUAAGCGUUUUAAAUUUAAAUGGAUGUUAAAAAUCUUACGAAAUAUGAACAAUAUAAUUAAUUUUGUAGUUGAAAAUAAACACAUUUUUCAAUUUAUUUUUGAAUUGGAUUGUCGCCAGAUAACACAAGUGUUAUCUUUAGAAGCAGUCAAAAUUGUAUCUCCUAAAUAGCUUAUUUCAGCUGAGAAAACAUGAUCUUUAUGCCCCUUUAGUUCUUGUAAACAUUCUCCAGUUUCUGUGUUCCAAAACAUAGAGAUAUGAUCUUGUGAUGUGGUAAGCAAGUGAUGUCCAGCUGGUUCCCAAACCACCUAAAAUUAUAGCAUGCAAUUAUCUCUUUUUAAUUAUAUUUAGUUAAAUACUUUAGACACUUCAUCAGUAUGUCCAAUCAUUGCGGUAAUCAAGUCACCACUGUUAACGUCCCAGAUACAUGCACUAUUAUCACUACUUGCUGUGGCUAAUCGACGACCAACUGAAUCAAAACUAACAUCCAGAACCUAAAACAUGUUAAAACACAUUAUUAUGAUAUCUAAAUGUCUUGAUUUUAUAAUACUAAUAAUACAAGGUUGAAUUUCAGAACCUCGUCUGUAUGGCCACCAAUAGUAUCUCGACAACAAUCAGUUCUUCGUACAUCCCACAAUUUGGCUGUACAGUCCAACGAACCACUGGCAAUCAUAUGACAACCAAAAUCGUAGCAACAAACACUCAAUUCUGCCGUAUGACCAAAUAAUGUAGCAAUACAUCUAAACGAAUAAUAUUCGUUGAAUUAUUCAAGAAUCGUUAAUCCACCACCUACUUACCUAGCAGUUCGAGUAUCCCAAAUUUUCACAGUACUGUCAAAAGAUCCGGUAAUCACAGUUGAUCCACUAUUGUCAAACUGAUUGGCUACCACUUCUCCGGUAUGUUCACUUAGCGUAGCCAAAUUUUGUCCUGAGAAUAUUUUGUUUUUAAACAACAAGAAUCUGCAGAAUAAGUUUUUUACACUUUGUAUCCUUCAAAUUUAACAUUCUUAGAUCAACCCACUGGUCAUACCAAAAUGUUCUUAACUUUUUUACUUUAUCUCCACUUAUUAACAGGUGUUCAUCCCUGCGUUCAUGAUUCCUAGAUAAUUUAGUACUAAGGACUAUUGAUUGACCUGAAAUGCCCUCUCUUAUUCACUUUAAAAUUAAUUCCCUAAAUAUAAGAAAUCUAAAACCUUUCUAUCAGUUUUUUACCAAUAAAAAAUAUAUAUUAUAUUAUUAUAUAUUCAACUCGCCGGUUAACUUUUUAAUAACAACAGGUAAUAAAUGUAUUUUUGAAUAUACUUGGC